AUGACCUCCCCAACCACCACCCCCUCCCAAGCCCACCUCCCAUCCACAGACCCCGAUCCCAACACCCUCGACCUAGACCCAGAGCAACGCCAAAAAGAAGCCCUAGCAGCCUUCACCGCAACCCUGCACAGCGUAGGCACAAACCUCGAAGCGCCGCUGCGCGAACGCGCAGCAAUCAUCAACUCCAACACGCUCGCGCUGGAGCGGCAGGAGGCGGAACUUGCGGAGACCUCGGCGGCGCUGGGCAGGCAGAAUGAUGGGUGGGAGAGGAUUGCUGAUGAGACGCGGGUGGGGCUGAAGGAGAUUGGGGAUGUGCAGAAUUGGGCGGAGAUGAUUGAGCGGGAUCUUUUGGCGCUGGAGAGUAUGAUGGAUGAGGUUGAGGGGGGUGGGGAGGGGAUGGAUUUGGAUUUGGAUUCGGAUCUGGAUUUGGAUGGGAGUAGUGCUGAGGAGGAGGGUGGUGUUGGGGUUGGGAUUGGGGAUGGGGAGAUGAAUGGGAAUGGAAAUGGGGUGGAAGAUGUCAAGAAGGAGAAGAGGAAGAGUUGGUUUUCUUGGUGGUGA